AUGGGACUCUAUCCGGCAGCUCUCGUGACGCUCUUCGCGCUGCUGUCCGUCCCUGGAGAACUGGGUGCUAUGGCGUCUGCCGCGCACAUCGGCCGCAAGACGUCUCUCGCUUGGGCACUGGUCAUAGUCGCCAUUGCCCUCUUCGGGGCCGCCGCGUGGGGCGAUGCGAAUGCGGUAUCCAGCGUUACCCUGCUGACUCUGGCGAGUGUGGGCACAGACGCAUCGCAAGCUGUUCUCACACUGUACACGACAGAAGUGUAUCCUACAGUGAUGCGCUGCUCGGCCCUGGCAACGUGCUCGUGCUUUUCUGCAGCGGCCAGCAUCGUCGUACCAGUGGCCGUCCAUCUUGGAUUUCUCCAGGUGUCAUGGCUGCCAUUGGUCGUUUCGUGUCGCUGCUAG